UUAAGGAAGGAUGUUUGUAAACACUAAAAUGUUAAUUAUUUAAAAUACAAUCACUAUUUAAAUAAAAGGAGGUCCAGUGCUGCUAAAUGGAGACCCAGGGCAUCGUGAAAGCCUUUCCAAAAGUAAAAAGACGCCGAUCGAAUGAGAGUAAAGAAGCUCCAGCAGUGAAGAAGAUUCCACUUCAAACAAUCACUGGGAACAUAUUUCAGGACAUCUGCAUCCACAUAGUUCCUGCUGGCAUCGGGAAAGCACGUUGUGACAUAUUCCAGCAGCAGAUCGUGCAGAAUGGAGGCCAGGUCGAAAGCGCUUUCAGUCCCAGCUGCACCCACGUGGUUGUGGACGAGUCGGUGGACAGCGAGCGUGCCUUGAGGCUGCUGAGGAUGGAAAUGUUCCCCCCUGAUGUGCAGCUGGUAAAGUGUACUUGGCUCAGUGGUUGUAUCUCGGAGAAAAGACUGCUGAGCACAGAGGACUAUAGGCUACUUUCAUCUGACAGUCCUCCGCAAACCCCUGUAGAGGAACCUAGAAAGAACGUUUCAAGCGUCCCUGUUCCCGAAGAAACAACACUACAGUUGGAUCACAGACUAGUUGAAGAGGAUCCAGCGACCACGGUAACGGGAGGACAGGAGGUGGCCGAGACUCAAGACGAACCUCUAGAGGAAGACGGCGUGUCACAGAACGAUUUGGAGGCCCUCAUCAGCGGGGUUAAGCACGAUUCAAGUGUUUCUAAUGAUGCACAGAUGGAGAAGUCUGGAUUGCCUGGAAAGUGGGUGUGCGCCCAGUCAUCCCAGACCAAAAGCAAGAACCAUAACCAGCACAUCACUGACAAGCUGGAGCAGUUAGCUAAGGUUUAUACGCACACGGGUGACAAGUGGAGAGCACUGAGCUACUCAAAAGCUAUCAAUGCCCUCAAGAGCUACAACAAGCCGGUCACUUCAUACGAGGAAGCGCAUAAGAUUCCAGGCAUCGGCAAAAGCAUGGCCACUAAGAUUGUAGAGAUCAUGGACAGCGGGCACCUGAGAAAGCUGGAUCAGUUUGGAGAGGCCGUGCCCGUCCUGGAGCUGUUCACUAACAUCUGGGGGGUUGGUGCCAAGACUGCCCAGCUUUGGUAUCAACAGGGAUUUCGUACAUUGGAGGACAUUCGCACCAAAGCCACCUUGACUCACACUAUAAAUAUUGGUCUGAAGCACUACGACGACUUCCUGGACCGGAUGCCAAGAAGCGAGGCAGCUGCUAUUGAGAAAACGGUAAAGGAAGCGGCGCACAGCGUGAACCCCGAGCUGCUGGUGGUGGCGUGUGGCUCGUACCGGCGUGGUAAGUCCACUUGUGGAGACGUAGACGUGCUCAUCACUCAUCCCAACGGCUAUUCGCACAAGGGCAUCUUCAGCAAAGUGCUUCACUUUCUCCAUCAGAGUGGCUUUCUGACUGAUGAUUUGGUGAGCCGUGAGGAAAAUGGUGAGCAGAAGAAGUACAUGGGAGUGUGUCUCCUACCAGGCCAGGGCCAGCGUCAUCGAAGGCUCGACGUCAUUGUGGUGCCAUACGCCGAGUUCGCCUGCGCCAUGCUCUACUUCACCGGCUCAGCCCACUUCAACCGGUCCAUGCGUGCGCUUGCUAAGACCAAGUCUAUGAGUCUGUCUGAGCACUCGCUAAACAGCGGAGUGGUGCGCCAGCAUGCCGUUAAAGUGGCACCGGGUAUGCCAUUGAGCACACCUACAGAAAAAUCAGUCUUCGAGCACCUGGGCAUCCCAUACCGAGAACCGCUUGAGAGAGACUGGUAGUAGACUGCUUUAAAAAUACGUAACAAAAUAAUGUGAAAAAUUUUUUUUUGCUUUGAAUACAGUUGCACCACGUUCUAGCUGCUGACUACAGAUGCCAAUAUGAAUUUGUACAUCUGAAAAGUUUUUAUCACUUAUAAACAUUAUUAAAUGAACUAAAUAAGCAAAUCAUGAAAGGCUUUAGGACACUUGACCAUGAGCAUGUUGGAUCUUAUUUUAAAAACAAAUUAUGUUGGCCGUUCGGUGGCGCAGCGGUAAAAACACACGCUGGAACCAGAGCUGGGAUCUCGAAUACACCGUAUCGAGUCUCAGCUCUGCCUGCCGGCUGGGCUGAGCAGCCACAUGAACAAAGAUUGGCCUGUUGUUCAUACAGGGGUGGGAUAUUAAAAGUCGUAUAGGGUCUCUCUCAUAACUAAUACAGUUACGACCUCUGCUGGCGGAUCGAUGGCGCCUGCACAGAGAUGGGGAAAAAAGUGCUGUCAGGUUGUGUCUCUCCGUACACAGUGCUGAUCUGCACUGCAGUCGUCAAAGUGUAGGUGACAAGAUGCGUACGGCAUGCUGCCCACGUGUCGGAGGGGGCGUGGGUUACUUUCGUUCUCCUCGAUCAGAGCGGGGAUGGGCAUUGGUGGAAAGGAAGCAUGAUGCAAUAGGGCAAUCGGAGAAAAUGCAUAAACAAAAUAUAUUUUAAAUUGAAAUCAUAUUUUCAGAGAAAGCUUCUCACAAGGCUUUAAAGUGUGUCUGUGGAAAUCUUUGCCCAUUCAAUCUAAAGAGCAUUUGUAUGGCUGGGCUGAUGUUAGUUAAGAUAGCUUCAAUUGAUGUUCCAGUUUAUUCCAACAACUUUAAGUACGAGGGUUCUAUUUAUUAAGAAUUUCAGACACAAAUGACAUCACUUUAGCGUCGUACCAACUUUUUAAUGCCAUCAGCAAAAAACGUUUUUGAUUGAACGUGUAGCCACUGAUGCACCGCUGCUUUCACAUCAUCACAUGAAAAUCUUCUUCCCCUUAAAGCUUCUCUGAGCGUCCAAAAAAGUGGAAUUAGAUGCCGCUAAAUCCGGACUAUAAGCUCUCUCUCAGUCUCUCCCACCCUCACUGUUU